AUGGGACGAAGAAAAAUAGAAAUAAAAGCGAUAAAAGAUGAUAGAAACCGUUCCGUGACUUUCUUGAAGCGCAAAGGUGGCUUAUUCAAAAAAGCUCACGAGCUCUCAGUCCUAUGCUCAGUCGAUGUUGCUGUCAUAAUAUUUGGAAACAACAAGAAGCUCUAUGAAUACUCCAGUAGUGAUAUCAGUGAAAUUUUAACGCGUUAUCAAUAUUAUGGUGGAGCCAACGAACACAAAGGGCCAGCCGACUUCAACGGCAAAGGAAAGACUGAUGACGAUGACGAUGACGAAGAUGGAUCUGGACCUUCGCAUCACGGGUCAGUGGAACCUCAGAUGAUGCCACCGCAGUUCCAGAGCAAAUCAGCUUACCACCAUAUGAGACACACCCCAUCAGCAUCACCUCCCAUACCAUCGAGAGCGACCUUUCCGCAUCAAUCACAGCGACAAAGUACAACACAGGCACAGCAUCCAGAAGUAAGACCAACAUCGAGGAACGCUAGUACACGUUUAAGUUCAAAUCUUUCUUUACAACACUCUCAGUCCUCUAGUGUCUACUCAUAUAUACCGAAUGCCGCAAUAUACAAUCCUCAUAACGCCAGUAUUCAACCACACGCUCAUACAAUAUCAACACAUAUGCAAGGUCAUACAAUGCAAGCUCCACAGUAUUCCAACUAUCCACCACCUCCACCACCACCGCCUACCUCUUCCCACCCGCAACACAUGCUCCCUCAUCACCAGCAGCAACAACAGCAGCAGCAACAGCAACAACAACAGCAACAGCAACAGCAACAACAACAACAACAGCAACAACAACAACAACAGCAGAAAAAACAGCAACAGGUAUCGCAGUCUUUUCCAGAAAAACAGCGCAAGAUAGCCGCAACACCUGGUCCUCCUCAAAAAAGACCACCGUCCAGUACCGACUCUUCACCGCCAAUAUUACCCCAACAACUUCCAGAGCCACCGCCUCAGGAAGAUGUAAUUAAGCAGGAACCACUGCCAUCACCCCAAGUUCCGGCGCCUGUAAAACGGAUCUCUGUCAAAUCAAGAAGUAUAUUUACACCAAUUGAUGAAUCUCGCUCGAUUCUUUCUCAGCACUGGGCAUCUUCAACGUGUAAAACUGAGUCACCUCAUAACGAAGGCGUACCUAUCAAAAAUGUAUUCAAGCCUCACGACUCCCGUUCGCAUUACCCAGGACACUAUACGCAUACCUCAAUGGCAGUACAACCUCAGAUACAUGACGCAGUUAUGAACUCAUCAACCUCAGAAAGUACAUCCAGAUCCCUUAGUGUUAUUUCAAGUGCCCAGGCAGGUGGUAAGCGACCAGUGCUUAAGGUUCAAAUUCCAGACGAACCAUCUGAUGAAGGCAGUGUUACUGCUAACUCGACUUCCGCCUCAAGUCCUUCAGGUACUAAUGGGACUUCAUCUAAUUCUAAUCGUAAUGGGAAUACGACUGAUUCCUUAUCGUCUGGUGUCGUUCUUCCCCCUCCGUCUCCGUCGGCUGGGUCUUUAAUGUCUAAAGCCAUUGCUGGACCUAGGAAUCCCUUUGCAAGGCCUCAUCCAGUAUCGCAAAGCACACAACCUAAUACCAGCAGUGGUAGUAACUGUAGUACUGGGUCUGGUCCUGUGUCUGGGAGUAAUAAUACAAGUAGUAACGCGAAUACAACGUCCAAUAACACAAAUGGCUCCAUAGUCGAUACACCUGUCUCUGCGUUACCAAGUAGGUUUAUGACGAAUGACUUCUUGCCCAGUCCAAGCAGCUUCUAUCCGGAAUGGAAUUUCAGGGGGGGUGAUAGUAACACACUUCCAAGUCCACUUAAUUUUGCUACACCGGUCGUUGGAACUGGUCCUAGCUUUAUACGUGAAGAAAGUAGCUAUAAAGAGGCUAAUGAGAGCUCCAACGUGAAGAGAAAAACACCAGAAAUAGAAGGGGAUGCCGGGGAUACGAAGCGAGCUAAAAUAAAUUGA